UUUGCCUUUUUUACAUUUUUUUCUUUUUUUUAUUCACUCUAUUUCUUUUCUUAUUUAUCUCCAACUCAUUCUUCUCUAAACAAUCAUUCCAACCACGUUAAUAUAAAAUUCGUUCUCUUGCUCUCGCCUUUAGCGACACAGAGCCCUUCAGCCGCUGACUUAAACCGAUUUGCGAUUCGAUUUCAUUCCGCUAUUAACCAGUCAUCAUCAAUAGAUAUAAUACAACAAUUAUAUUUUCUAACCUCCACGAAUCGCGUUUUUUAUUCGUGUCUUUUUUAACAUUAAUUAUUUGUAUGUAAAACUUUUCUAAUUUUUUAAGAAAAACUUUGCAGAUAUCAUUAUUAUUUAUAUUACACAUAUAUUUUGUUAAAAUGACUUCACGCGAAGACGAGUAUGACUAUCUAUUUAAAGUUGUUUUGAUUGGCGAUUCCGGCGUUGGAAAAUCUAAUUUACUUUCGCGAUUCACUCGAAAUGAGUUUAAUUUGGAAUCGAGAUCUACCAUUGGUGUUGAAUUUGCUACGAGAAGCAUUCAGGUUGACGGGAAAACUGUAAAAGCGCAGAUAUGGGACACGGCAGGGCAAGAACGCUACCGGGCGAUUACUUCAGCUUAUUAUCGUGGAGCUGUUGGCGCUCUUCUUGUUUAUGACAUUGCCAAGCAUGUGACAUAUGAAAGCGUGGAUCGUUGGCUUAAAGAAUUGCGUGAUCAUGCUGAUCAAAACAUUGUUAUUAUGUUGGUUGGUAACAAAAGCGAUUUACGCCAUCUGCGUGCAGUACCAACCGAAGAGGCACGUGCUUAUGCAGAGAGAAAUCAGCUUAGUUUUAUUGAGACUAGUGCUUUGGAUUCAACAAAUGUUGAAGCUGCGUUCACCAACAGUUUGACCGAAAUCUACCGUUCUGUUAGCACAAGGCAAGUUCCACCUGACCGAACAGUGCCAAUCAACAGCCAAAACAACAUAACGCUUUCUUCAAGCACAGAUAAGCAAAAGAAGCCUUGUUGCUCCAAUUCGUAAAGGGUAAAGAGACUUUCUAUAUUUAUACGUUGUUGGUGAUGGUGUAGAGGUGAAGGGCACAAAUGACUUUACCAAGAUAAUUUUUAAAAAACCUUUGAACACCAAGUGCGUACCCAGUGGUAGGAUUUCUGGUAUUCUAAAAUCAUUUUGUUUUUUAUCAUUUUUCCGGCAUUUUAUUU